AUGCAGGUAGAUUCUAUACAUUCUGGUUCGAUCUCAUUUGGGAGAUUUGAAAAUGAACCCUUAUCUUGGGAACGAAGGUCCUCUUUCUCUCAUAAUCGUUACUUGGAGGAGGUUGAGAAAUGUUCAAAACCUGGUUCAGUUAUUCAGAAGAAAGCAUAUUUCGAAGCACAUUUCAAGAAGAAGGGAACUUUUGGUAUUAUUCCAUCUACAACUCAUGAUGGUUUAGCAUAUAGAGUAGCAGGUGAAAAUGAUAGCUCGGAAGAAAAUGGUAAACAAGAGGAUUUUGAGUCUAAUGAUAACCAUUAUGUUCAAUUUCAUGAAAUGUCCCAAAAGGAUUUUGAGUUGGAUGAAAGUGAGCAUUAUAUUGAAAUGGAUCAGAGAUCCCAAGAGAAUUUGGUGCCAAUUGAUAAUGGACAUUAUAUUCAAUUUCGUGAAAUUCAUGAUAAUUCAAAGUAUCAUGGAGAACGUGGUAUGCAUAUGGAAUAUGUUGUAAACAGUUCUAACCAUUUAGAGGAUGCCAGUAAGAAAAAUAGUACUUUGGAUGAAGCUCAUCAAUCUGAAAAUGCUACAAGUAACAUACUCCUGGCUAAUGAUGAAGCGGUUAUAGAAGUGAAAAAGGAUGAUGAUGUUACUGUAAAUACUGAUGAAUCAUCAGUAAACACGAGUAUAAUUGUGGCUGAACCAGCACACGGUGUCGAAGAAACAGUUAUGCAUGAUCUUGGAAAUCCUUGUCCUAAGGAAACAAAGCUCAACUCAAAACAAAAUCCUGAAGUCAACAAUGUUGGAGUUCAGAAAUGCUCAAAUUCUAGAUCAGUUAAGGAUCUUUCUACGCUUCCCCGUAGAUAUAGUCCAAGGAGAACAAAUAUGGAAAAGAAUGUACCAAAACAUGCGACUCCAACUAGCAAAACCUCCAAAGAAGUUUACAAAAGCAAAGAGAAACAAAUUCGUGAAAGCAAAAGGUUGAACCAUGAUUUUAAUUCUAUGAAGUCCGGUGUUAGGCCUAAGACUGCAACUUUUAACUUUAAAUGUAGUGAGCGAGCAGAAAGGAGGAAAGAGGCAAUUCUACAUGAAGUUGGAAGAAAAAUUGCAUGCAAAGGAAGCAGAGGUGAAUCAAAUGCAAGCAAUAUCACAGGAGAAGCAAAAAACACAUUGAUAUGA